AUGACUCCCUAUUACUUUAUGCCUCAAUUUAUCUCACAUUUAUGCUUACUAGACGACCACUCAAGAGUCAUCCUCGGCAUCCCAUUCUCGCUGGAGACGAUGGCUCCUGAGGCCGCGUGGUACGAUGUCGUCAAAAGGGAUAUCGACGAUCUAGAGCCAACAUGUCUAGAUCAGACAUAUACAAACUCGAGUUAUAUUCCAGAACCAUACAACUGUUCGAACCUAGAGUCGUCAAAAUCUGGGGAUAUUUUGCCCAGUCAAAAAGUGUGGCGAUACAUCGCCACCCAAGCGCCAAUGGGACACACGAUCGGGGACUUCUGGCGGAUGGUAGCAGAGCAACACUCUCGGAUUAUCGUCAUGCUGACAGGGUGA